GAGCAGAAAAUAAAAGCAACGAAGAAGUCAACCGCUAGUCAAUCCAGCUGCUCCGCUAUUUAAGCGUAUGACAUCUUGUGAAUUUUGAUCGUACGCAAUGGAGAAUGAUAUUAUCGUUUCUCUCGAGGAUUUGGGGUAUCAAGGCCCACUGUUGGAGGACGGAGCUCUGGAGUCAGCUGUGACUGGUGGGGCUGCUUCACCGGAGUUUACCAAGCUCUGUGCUUGGAUUGUGUCAGAGCUCCAACUUUACAGUAAACUGGAGGAGAAUGUCCAUGCGACCAACUGUCCAAGUGAGGCAGAGGGCUUCCAGUUGGAGAUGAGCGGGCUGUUGGCAGAACUCGCUUGCCCUUACGCCGUCCUCACGAGUGGAGCUGUCAACCAAAGGCUUCUCAACACCAACGACUGCCUGCUGCUGCUCUCCUUUCUGGUAUCCGAGCUGGAGGCUUCCAGGAUGAUCCUGGUCAACACACCCCAGAAGAAAGCCCAGGAGUGUGGUAGCCCCGCCUUCCAGGAACUAAAAGGCAUCUGCAUGGCACUGGGAAUGUCCAAGCCUCCAGCCAACAUUGCUAUGUUCCAGUUUUUUAGUGGCAUUGAGAAAAAGCUGAAAGAAGCCGCAAGUAGAGUGCCAGCCAAUCAUAUAGGAGACCCUUUGUUGAAGAAUGCUUUUGGACCCGUGCACAUGGAGAAAAUCGAAGCCAUCAAUCAAGCACUUGUCAAUGAGUAUGAAGUGAGAAGAAAGAUGUUGUUAAAACGGCUGGAUGUGACGGUGCAGUCUUUUGGUUGGUCAGAAAGAGCAAAGUCACAUGCUGGGAAUUUGGCUAAAGUUUAUCAGCCGCUACGUUCUGCCCUCGGUACCCAAAGCAAAGUGUCUGUAGCGCACCUUCUUGCAGCCCGACAAGACUUUUCAAAAAUCCUUCGCACAAGCAGUGGCAAGUCGAGAGAGAAGACUGCAUGUGCCAUUAAUAAGGUUGUAAUGGGUCGCGUGCCAGACAGAGGAGGGCGUCCAUGUGAAAUUGAGCCGCCCCCUCCAGAAAUGCCUUCAUGGCAAAAGCGGCAGGAUGCUCCCCAAGCUAGUGGACAGUAUGGCGGAAGCAGGGGCGCUUACGAUCAUUAUUCCCAAGGCAGUCGGGGGGGCUAUGAGAGGGGCGGAGGAGAAAGAGGAGGCAGGGGUGGCAGAGGCGGAAGAGUGCAAGGGGGAUGGGGUGAGGGGGGUGGAGGAGGGAGAGGUAGUUACAACAAGGGCCAGUAUCACGAUUUGGCUGCUCAUCAGGGUGGUGGCGGCGGCGGCGGCGGCGGAAUCAGAGGUCCUUAUAGAGGAGGCGGGAGCAACCACGGAGGCCCCCAGGAGUCUGGCCACCAUUCAGGCUAUAAUGACAAUUACCACCAGAAUGGAAACUGGCAUCAAGAGAGAGGAGGAGGAGGAGGAGGCGGCAGAGGAGGCAGGGGGAGAGGAGGCCGAGGAGGAGGAGGAGGAGGAGGAGGCGGCUGGGGAGGGAGAGGAGGCCACAAUGUUAAUCAAGGAGGACACUUUGAACAGUUUUUCCAACAUGGUGGCCAGAACUACAACCAAGCUGGUUUUAAUCAAAGCCGCCACUACAAUAGUUGAAGCUAGUCAGCCGUGUGGGACAUGACAGCAUAGUCCGCAAACAACUUGAGAAGGAAGGCCUUACCGAGCGAGCUUACAUUUCAGCAGUCUGAUCACCACUAAAUGAUGCGCACAGUAUACUUAUACAUCGAGUAAAUGUUUGCAGCAAUGUUUACAUAUGAACUGUACUGGCUUUUUUUUUUUUUGUCAUCUCCCUCCACAAUGACAAUUCUUGAUAAAAGGUUUGUCAGUAACACUUGUUUGCUCAAUUUGAAAUCAGGUGACUCGGUCAUAAAGCUUCACUGCUCUCCA